CCCCCCUCCCUCCCUCGGCGCGAGUCCCGGAGCCCCAGCGCCCCGCCGCGGCAGGCAUGAUGAGUCGCCAACAGCAGCAUGUACCUCUUAGGACUUCCGCCAACGGAGCCCCCCACCGGAAGCUUGAUAGGGAGGGUAGUGGAAGGCAUGAUAGUAAAUCACACCUGAUGAGAUCUUCAUCUGGUGGUUUUACCAGUGCAGAAAAUGGAGGCAAACUUGGGCAUGCAAACCCUUCACGGGAUCGACUAGUCUAUGUUAUGACACAAAUUAUCGGGCAUCAUGUGGAUGUGCAUGUCAAAAAUGGAUCUGUUAUCUCUGGAAUCUUCCAUGCAACAAACACCGAUAAAGACUUUGGAAUUAUCUUAAAAAUGGCACAGCCGAUAAAGGAUACUUCUGUGGGAGGACAAAUUAAUACCUCUGAUGUUGUAAGAAAGCCGGAGACUAUGAUAAUACCAGCACAGGAGCUUGUUCAAGUUUUUGCCAAGGACGUAACACUAGGCGGUGAUGAACUGCCAAAAGGUCCUGUCCAUGACAAAAGGAAAGACUUGAUGAUAGAUUCUGCCAUCUCUCGUUCUCAUUUCCCUGAAGAGAGGGAGCUUGAACGCUGGGCACCAGAUGAAGGGGAUUCAGACUGCAUUGAAUUGGAAAAAUUUGACAGAAAGGGACACAGGAGCUGGGACCAGUUUGAGACAAAUGCAGCUUUGUUUGGGGUAAAGAGUACUUUCAAUGAAGAUCUUUAUACCACAAAGCUUGAGCGAGGUCCUCAUAUGAGAGAGCUUGAAAAGCAUGCUUCAAGGAUAGCACGAGAAAUAGAGGGUGAAGAUACAGAAGAUCUUCAUCUUGCCGAGGAAAGAGGUUUAUACUUGGAUGAAGAUUUGGAGCAUGAUGAAGAGAUCAAAUAUUCUGCAGUUCGGAGGGAUACUGAUACCACAGUUAAACCCUUUACAAAUGUCCCAAGCAGGCCAGUUAGCAUUGAUACCAAGGAUUUGCCAGUGUGUUCAUCAACAAUGGAUGACAAAUCAUCUUCCCAUAUAUCUGGUGGUACUCAUUUGUCUGCCACUGCUGAAUACCAGUCAAACAAGCUUUUGCCUGCUGACGCCAACAGGUUGGAUGGUAAGAGAAAUAAAGAUAGUAGUGGUGACAAAGACAACAGGAUCUUGCAACCUGAGAAUACUUUAACUGAAGGGGGCAGGCCGCUGAUUUCUGAAGAUUUGGAAGGAGCACCUUCAAGGUCGCGUGCGUCUGAGCCUUCAUCUUCUGGCCAAGGAAACAAGUCAUCAGAUGGUUUGGCACAAGAUUCGACUCUACCCAGCAAACUUCCUUCUGCGCCUGAAUAUGCGAAUUCUUCUCAAAGACCUGGCAGUUCUAUACCAUUAACAUCCGAGCGUGUUGCUGCGAACUCAGCUGCGAGUGCUGCUCCAGGCUUAUCACCAAGUUCUUCGAUGGGAUCUCUUAGCUCAGACAAAUCAAGUUUGAACCCAAACGCUAAGGAAUUCAAAUUGAACCCUAAUGCUAAGAGUUUCACUCCCUUGACUUCUCCGAGGCCACAUCACCCUCCAGCGCCUGAUGCAACAUACUAUUAUCCUAAUAACAUGGGGGCUACUGGACCUGGUUUGCCUGUUGGCAUGGGGUUUCCACAGGCGUAUGGUGGACAGCCUGUUGUUUACAAUGCUCAGCCUGGAUCUUCUCCCCAGGGUUACAUGCAUCCUUCUGGGCAACAGUAUGGGCAGCAAAUGAUGAUGGGACAGACCCGCCCUGUCUAUUAUUAUGCACCUGAGAUGCAGCAGCAGCAAUACAGAGGAAGGAACUUCUAGGUAGAUUGAUUUUGUUACGCUGCAAUGUGGAACUCUGCAGUGAAAUCCCCAUUGGCGGGGGAUGCUAACCAGGCCGAUGCGCCGCCAUGCGUGAAAAGAACUGGCGAUGGCCUCUGACUUCAACCGUGUGUGUUUUGUCGCCAGGACGAAGAUCACCGUUGUUCCUUCUGCGACAGUGUUCGAGUCUGAAGCGGGCUAACUCGGAUUUAUUGUUCUUAUUUACACCAUAGACGCGAUGUUGUAAAUUAAAAAAAAAUGCAAGGCCAUCUAUUUCGUGUGCCCCUGGGAUCAUGAUAUUCUCUAGUGUGUGGGUGGGUCCUUUCCUUUUUGUAAUACUUGGUGUUUGAUGUCUACAUCUCGCUGAUUUAUUUAAGACUUGUUUGGGAAUCCGAAAA